UGUUCUGUUAGAAGGGUCACUGACACUCCUUGAUAUCUGUAGUACAGCACAAGAUUGCCUCUUGCAAUCAAAGGAAAGCGUUGACAUGGUUUAUUCAGUUAUUCGAAGAAAGGGUGCGGACACUGAAUUCACAGUUGAGGGUGGAAAAUACUUGGCAUCUAGGAAGAGAAGAUGAAGAAGGUGAUUCGAAAGGCCUUAGGAAAUUUGAAAGGAAAUAACAGCGAGUUAAUGGUUAAUGAGACUUUGUCUAUUCUUGGAAUCUUAAAAGAAGCAGAAGCAGUCACCAUGAGGUCCUUAGAGUCCUUGUUGCUGUUUGUCUCUGACUCUAAGUGUCAAUCAAAGCAGAAAAGAUGGUCUAUAAUAUCUAAGCUGAUGCAGCCUGAUAGAAUAAACUGUGACUCUCAAGAAGACACAAAUGAAUUUGUAAAGAUGGACUCAACUUUGCAAUCAAUCCUUAAUAACAAGCCUUUGUCUGUUGAGAAUUUUCACAGCCAUAUGGAAAAUUUGGAGACAUGCAUUGAGGAUCUAGAAGUAGGUGUUGAACACCUUUCAAGGAAACUCGUUAAAACAAGAGUAUCCCUUCUCAACGUCUUCAGCCACUAGUUGGAGAAAAACAAUCUAAAUGUUGUAUGCGAACACCCAAAUUCAUUUUUGACCUAUUGCUGUACACAGAUGUAAUUAAAACUUGUCCUUUCACUAAAUACAAUAAUCAAAUGAUC